CUGAAAUUAGUGAAGAGUAUGUGCCGGUUUUAUGUCAGGGACAGCUAUGAACAGGUCUUCUUGAUGGAAAAGUGACCCAGGUUAUUGUGAGGAAAACUCUACUGCUGUGCUUAGAGUGUGAGUGAUGGAAAUAGUACCAUGAGCAUGAGAUGGGAGCUGUUUUCAGCAGACACAUGGAAGGAAGAAAUCAAACCCGUGUUACAGAAUUUAUCCUCUUGGGGCUCUCAGACGAGGGGGGGCUGCAGUCCCUGCUCUUUUGGGUGUUCCUGUCCAUGUACCUGGUCACCUUCACUGGGAACCUGCUCAUGAUCCUGGCCAUUAUCACGGACUUCCGCCUCCACACGCUCAUGUACUUCUUCCUCUCCAACCUGUGCUUUUCAGACAUCUGUUUCACCUCCACCACCAUCCCAAAGAUGCUGCUGAACAUCCAGAUGCAGAGCAAAGUGAUCACCUUCGAAGGCUGCCUCAGCCAGAUGUACUUUUUCAUGCUUUUUGUAGGAUUAGACAACUUCCUCUUGACAGUGAUGGCCUAUGACCGGUUUGUGGCCAUCUGUCACCCACUGCACUACAUGGUCAUCAUGAAUCCCAAAUUCUGCAGCAUCCUGCUUCUGGUUCCCUGGAUAUUGAGUGUUCUUACCUCUCUAUUACAUGACUUGAUGAUUUUGCGACUCUCUUUUUGCACAGAUCUGGAAAUCCUUCACUUUUUCUGUGAACUUAUUCAGGUGAUCCAACUUGCUUGCUCUGAUACCUUCCUCAAUGACCUGAUGAUCUAUCUCACAAGUGGACUUCUGGGUGUUGUUCCACUCACUGGUAUCCUGUUCUCUUACUCUAGAAUUGUAACUUCCAUUUUGAGAAUUUCAUCAGCAAUGGACAAGUAUAAAGCAUUUUCUACAUGUGGGUCUCAUCUUGCAGUGGUCUCUUUGUUCUAUGGUACAAGCCUUGGGGUGUAUCUGAGUUCUGCUGCUGCACAAAACUCCAGAGCAAGUGCCAUAGCCUCAGUGAUGUUCACAGUGGUGACGCCCAUGCUGAACCCAUUCAUCUAUGGUCUGAGGAACAGAGACAUCAAGCAAGCUCUGAGAAGGCUCUUUAGCCGAGAGACAUUCUCUGCAUAUAGGAUUCUUUGUUUCAGGAUGAAGACUUGAGUAACAGGGCUCAAAACCCUAGAAAACCUAGAUCAUGAUAUUUGUGUCAGUUCAUAGGCUGACA